GUACACGCAUAUUAUAUUAUUAUAAGCACACGCGCUCGAACGCACAUGCACGCACGCACGAGGACCGACGCGCGCACCGUCGUUCGGCAGCCAUAACGAGGCCGGCCGGUCGCAUUGUGCGACUAUCACAUGGCACUAUCACAGUACCGCAGUCGUUUCGGUGAAUGGCUGGAGGAGUGGUGGUGGACGACAACAAAUCGGUUAUCACAUCGAAACGACAGUUUAAGCGGCGUGUGGCCGUAGGUAUAUCGCGCGCGUUCGUUUCGCGAUUGGUUGCUGCGGCGGUGUCGGUAGCCGACGGUCGUUCUACAUUCUACAAUGCUCCAGGAGAUCACAAAACGCGCACACGCGGGGAGCAGCAGCUGCCAAUAGUGGUGUAUACCUACGCUUUAAACAGUUAAUCGUGUUACCAGCUGCCGUUGUCGAUUAUAAAUGCAUAUAAAUGAAUUGGUUUCAAAAUGUUGACACUCUCCGUAAGAAAUAGAAGCAAGUCUAAAAGAAUCCAGACACCAAAAAUUGAUGAAUUGUUAGAAUCGGUUGGAUUGAUGAGACAUGUAGUACCUAGAGAUGGCAAUAGUUUAUUUAGAUGUAUUUCACAAUGCGUGUUUUUAACCCAAAGUUGUCACAUGAUUGUACGUCAACAACUUUUACAAUUUUCUUUAUUGCAAACAAAAGAAUUUAUUGAGAUGACCCAGUUAUCAGUGGAAAAAUAUGCAAACAAAAUUACUGAUACAAAAAUAGAUGGUGAAUUAUUGGAUAUGCGUAUAGCUGCUAAAAUAUAUAAAAUUAAUAUUGUAUUUUAUGUAGAUUCUUAUCCUUUUAUACCACUGAAUAUUGAAACUCCAAAUGCAAUAAAAACUUUAAAUAUUUGUCUCAAUUAUGAAGGCACUUAUGAUUUAGUUCUUGUCAAAGAAUCUGUUGUGAAUAUUUCAUUUUGUCAAGCAAUUAUAUAUGAAAUGCUAUACAACAAUGUUUUUAAACUAUCUGGUGUAGAUUUUGCUGUAAAAGAAAUGUUGUUUGAUAGAAAAUUACCAGCUUCAAGGUCAAGUGACCGGAUUAGUUUGGAAAAAAGAGCUACUUGUACUGAUAUGAAAGAGCUGCUUGAAUAUGGUAUUACUCCAUUCCCAUUCAAAGUGGCUAAAGCUUUGACACCUAAAUUAUACAGAAAUACAGAGUAUGAUAUUUGGUUAAAUAAUAAAAAAGAAAAAUUCUACGGCAGGUGGAAUAAUUGGGAGUUUAAGGAAGGUAGCAAAUGUAUGGUUUCUAUUGGCACUCAAAAGUAUUAUUGUUACAUUCAACGUAUUCAUGGAAAAAAUGAACCAGUUGAAGUAUAUGUUAAAGAUUUGGCCCAAAAAAUGUUUGUGGAAUAUGAUCAAUUAAAAUUAAUACCAGUUGAACAAAAUAUGAGAGAAUUGAUAGAGAGUCCUAUACAAAUUAAUCAAGUAUCUUCAACUAUAGUUGACUGUAAUGAAUUUAUUUUUCGAGGUCCUGAACAAUGUGAAACUCCUCCUGUUCAGUAUUCAGGCAUAAUUCAUGGACCAACAAUUCAUGGGAUCUUUCCCGGUCAAAUAUUUCAUCCAUCUUAUGUUCAACAGCAUCUAGCUCUGCCUAUGUCUUCUCUAAAUUUGACAAAUAAUGAGAAUGUAAUGCAUCCAUGGUAUAUGUCUACACCUCCGCCAAUUUUAUCAAACAAUUUUCAUCCAUUUAAUGAACAAAUGAUUCUAUUAGAACCUCUUCCCAACAAUUUAAAUAAAAAUUGUAUUUCACCAAACUUUGUGGAAACUUUAUCAAAGUCAACUGGUGGACCACACGUUCAACCUAUACUUUCGCCAUUUCACUGUGGUCACCAACCAUGUACACCAUGCAGUUGUGUGCAGUUUAACAAUGGGGAAGAAAGUGUGGCCAUGGAUUCUAAUCAUGCGUAUCAACCUUGGCUAGUACCAGAGUUCGAUGAGCCUGCCAAUGAAUUGCACCAAUAAAUGAUUAAGGCUGAUAUAAUGUAACAAGGACUGAUAUUUAUUAAUCUUUAUGUGAUAAAAAGUAACUCUUUAUUCUAAUUUAGAAGAUAUUAUUAUAAAAGGACAAUUUUUUUAGUUUUAUAUUGUUAUUUUUUUAUUCCUACAAGUUUGUUAUUAAAUUAAUUUUUUAAUUGUAAUUUUUCAAAGUGACUUAAACGAAGACUUAUUUUAUAUUUUUAUUUGUAUACCUAAGUAUGGUUCCAUUAUUAAGAAAGUAUUUAUUUUUAUUUUUUGUUUUUAACUGAAUAUGUUUUUUUUAAAUACCUAAUUUGUUUCAAGGUAGUUAAAAGGUUUGAAUUAUCUAAGUUUAAAUGUUUUUCAUUUUUUUGUUAUUAUAAUUUAUGAUAGAAUUAUUAUGUUAAUGAAUGCAGUUGUGAAAUUACAUACAAAAGUCAAUUUUUAAUAAAAUAUGUUAUACUG